AUGUCUGCAGAGGAACUUGGAUUUGAUCCAACGCUAUUGAAGAAAAAGAAGAAGUCGAAGGCUGCGGCACCAACUGAAGUUGAAGGUGCAUCUGCUGCUGCUGAAGAUGACCUUUUUGCAGGUUUAAAGAAAAAGAAGAAGAAGAGCAAGGAUAAGGAAGCAACUGAGUCCACGAAUGCCGAAGACGACCUAACAGAAAGCUUUGAAGGAUUGAAGCUGAAAAAGAAGAAGAAGAAGAAGUCUACCAAGGAUGCAGAAAUUGAUGAUUUUGAAAAACAACUAGCAGAGGCUGGUAUUGAUGAAUCUGAAACUAACGAAGCUACGACUACCAAGACAGAUCUGAUCCCAUACUCACAGUUAUUAGACAGAUUCUAUGAUAUCUUGAAAGUAAACAACCCAGAAUUAGCGGGUGGCCAACAGCAAAGACUAAAGAUUCCUCCACCUGAGGUUUUAAGAGAUGGUAGUAAGAAGACCAUAUUUGCCAAUGUUCAACAAAUUGCUCAAGUAUUACAAAGAAAUCCUUCCCAUUUGAUUCAAUAUCUUUUUGCGGAAUUAGGUACUUCUGGUUCUAUUGAUGGUGAGCAAAGGUUAAUUGUUAAGGGUAGAUUCCAAGCCAAGAAUAUUGAAGGUGUUUUGAGAAGAUACAUUCAAGAAUAUGUUAUUUGUAGGACUUGUAAGUCUAUGAACACUGAGUUGAAGAGAGAAGCUGCAAACAGAUUGCACUUCAUUGUUUGUAAAGCUUGUGGUUCUACUAAGUCUGUUACAUCUAUUAGAACUGGUUUCACAGCUAAUGUUGGUGCUAUGAAAAAGAAGAAAUGA